AUGACAACAAUACACAAGUAUGGAAGAUACUACAUACCCCUCACCUCAUCUGAACUUGACGAUCUGUGCACUGGCUUAAAAGAAAUGAGGGAGCAGUUGGAACAUGCUUGCAAGAAAUUUGACACUACACAAACGAGUUAUUCAUUCUGGCAGAGCCCAAGUAUUGAUAAGGGUAGGCAUAAUCGAGCUCUCUGCAUUGAUGGUACUAGUGGCGUGUACCUUGUGAGCAAGAAUCUGAAAGGCCCUGGCCAUCCCAUACAUGUUCAGAAGAGAACGUUUCUUGGAAAUGCAUUAUCAACAUGUGAGCUAAGUGACUGCUUAAAUGCAAAGCAAGCAGCUGCUAGAAGCCUUUUACCAUCAUUCGAAUGUGAUCAUAUCCUGUCAGUGGCAUUUGCUGAUAGUUACUCCCUUUCUGUAACGCUAAAGAAUGAGAGUCUAACCAAUCUUGUCGACCGGCAGCUCAUCUCUGAAAGUCAGAAGUCAGCAUGUCUGGCACUACGUGCUAAAGCAGAAAAAUCAAAUUGCCCUGCUGUAGUGAGCACUUUGGGUACACAACUUAAGCCAAGUGGUAGCAGAUAUGUCUUUUUUUCUGUAUUGACUGAUUCUGUGCAUUAUUGGAGUCGCCUAAAGAGAACAGUUGUUUGCUUAGACAUACAGAACAUGACAUGGAUCCGUCUUUGCUCUUGUUUUGGUCCAAAGAACUGCAUUCAUCGAUCAGUUGCAAAGUGGAUGUUUUAUCAGGAGCACUCACAUCUCAUGUGGCUUGAAAAAGCUUGUGAGUCUGAGGAUGGCCUUGAUGAGUGUACUAAUGACGAGACAACAGACAAUGAAUGCAACAUGUACAUGUAUCCACCUAGUGGAGGCAUGCUGAAAAUACUCUUGGACUAUGUUUACAACCACAAAAGAAUCCCACUUCAGUUAGAUUCAAGACUGACAUCUAACACUCCAAAGCUGUCACAAGUCAUGCUCUCCGAGGUGACAUGCAACUUUUGUACUGGUGUAAAAUUACAAGGUCCGUUUAACAUCAACAUCACAACAAAGGACCGUGUUGCCACUGUCAUCGAGUCAAUGACAGGCUUAAAAUUGUCUCACAAUACCUUAGUGGAUGCGUAUUGUCACUUUGAGGCUCCAUCUGAGCACACAUACGAGUUUUGUUGCAUUCACUGUGGAUAUCAUCCACCUAUUCUGACAGUUGAUGUCAACAGAAAGGCAGUUUUCUCAUUGGCAAAUCUAAUCGUCCGUGAACCAUCUCCAGAAAAUGACAUAGUUGACAGUGAAGCAUUUUGGACCAAAGUCGAAUACGAAAAACGCUUGCCAGAGGUUUCUAUGAAACCAAACUACACAGGUUGGGCUCCAUGGAUUGGCCCAUUUACUCGUUGUGCCAGCACCGUCUUGAACACAGAAUAUCGAAAAUGUCAGAUCAACAGCAACAGUCAUAAUGAAACAACAGAACAUGACUUUUCAAUGAUCACAGAGGACGAACUUGUUGAUCUUCUUGGCAACAGCUCUGGAAACAGUGCAGAAGCUUUGCAGGCAAGCAGGUUUGUUAUUCUAGCACAUUGUUCGAUUAAACGAUAUGGAGGCUGGUUGUCAGCCACUUGCCCUCAUCAAGUUGUUUAUGCCCGGAAGUUUUUACUUUGCGCAGAAAGUCCAAGGGACUAUGUUGAUGUCCUCGUGUCUAUGAAGCAUCAACCAACUGUAACCAUUGUUGAUAUGGUUCACAUGGUUGUUGCACACGGAAAUUCUCGCUUCCCACACAUGUUUCAUCCAUAUCAUGGAAGGGUAACUGAAGCAACUCCAUCAAAUAUCCAGGCAGCUCAAAACCAUUCUUUACUUAUACCAAUGCCAUGGCUACAGCAGACUGUGGCUACUAACAAUGAACAGUCAGCAAUUACUUUAGACCAUAACUAUCAAGUGCGUAGUCAUCCAAGCACAGGAGUGUCUGCAAAGUAUUGGCUAUUUGACAAGCUUCAUGAGUGA